CGAUGAGGACCAGCGUAAGACACGUUUGGAAGUCGGAUAAUUUUCAAAGUGGGACCUUGAGACUAGAACAUGGAAACGCGCGGAGAUACCGACCGUAUACUUGCCCUGAAAGAACACCAUGCGAACAAAAUGUUUCUUUUGAAAGGUGGAAUCUUCCUGGGCACUGUUGCCACAGCAGGAAUGCUAGCUGGUUUUGGUACAACACUUGCAGUAGCUAAGAAGAAGAACCCCAACUGGUUUAGCAAGGGUAUUACUGCUACAGCCGCUGUUCCAGAGACGGGAGCUGCAUUAGCUUUAAGAGCUUUAGGCUGGGGAUCCCUCUAUGCCUGGUGUGGAGUUGGCCUUAUUAGUUUUGCUGUCUGGAAGGCUUUAGGUGUUCACAGUCUCAAAGAAUUUGGAGAAAAACUACAGUCAGUCUUCCCAGCGAUUCCAAGAAACACAGAACUACAAGCAAACAGUGAACCAUUCAGCUGGGAAAACAUUUUCAAAUCAAAGUGACGGGUAUUCACUGACCAUGAUAGUGACUUUGACUAGGACUUUUGUCAGCUAAACUAGACAUACUGUAUCUGAAAUGCUUCAGCCUGUUGGAGGGAUAACUUUUAAAGCAUAGUGUUGCUCACUUUCCAUAAGUCCAUUUUUGAUUAAGUAAAAUGCUUUAAAAAUGUGAAUAUGUAUUACCAUAAAUCCCAAUAACAGUUUUAAUGCCUUUGCAAUGAGUACUUAACAUAAAUAUGCUUGCCCGUUGAUGAUGGAUUUAUCAUAAACAGGAUAACAUAUUUCAAAGGACCACUUCUGUUGCAUCCAAUUUGGAGAUUUUCUUCUAGCAAUUUUUUUUUUCUUUGAGACUGAAGGAAAUUAAAUUAUAUGAAUUAUCUUUAGUGUGUCUGUAUUAUUAGUUGUAAAUUUGUGUGCAAACCCCGGAUCUCUUUUUAUGACUGGUUCAGCCAAAGAUAAUUUCUGAGGUUUCUUUAUAUCGACCGGAAUCUUUAUUUCGGCGGUCAGUCUUUGAUAAUUGGCAUAAUUCUGUGAUUUGCAAGUAAACACUAUGUCUGAAAUAAUAAUUUUUCACAUUUAGAAUGUCAAGUUGUAUGUCCACUACUAACAAGUGAAAACAAUACACUGUACCACUGGUGCAUUUCUCAAAAGUUUGUUUAAUCUUGAAUCACAGGCUGAAGAUUUCUAUAAAGAGACUCUUACAAAUA